GCAGCCCAGCAAGCUUAGACACCAGCAGGGGCUUCUAGGCCGGACCACUUUCUGUGCUGGCAGUCAGUUCGUCCAGCGCAUUCACAGCGAUCAGACGUUAUUAGUUUGCCUCCGUUAAACCCAGCACUAUCGAAUCUCUAAAUUUAUACGCGAAAAAGUUUGAGAUUAAUUCCCGUGUGCGUCGAAAGUGAACCCAAAUUUUUAUAAAAGUGCGUCGUAUAUUUGAAUUUCGAUUUUCUUUUUUUUAAAUUGGUUUUGAUAUUUAACGUGGAAUUUUGGUGACAAAUCGCCGUGACUUUGGAAUAUGACAGUUGACAUUGGACUGUCGCCAGCAUCAGCCUUCGACGUGAACCUCCUCGGCGGCGUGAAAUUGAAGAAGAUCGGCAAGAAUAAGAUGACGGUGACUCGUGAACUGUCGACUGUUGACGACUACGCCGUCAAUCAGAAGCAGAAACUUCAUCACCACAAGCAGCAGCAGCAGUCCGAGACGGCCGAGGAGCCUAAAGGCAAUCCGGAUCGAGCCGUCAUGUCAUCGGCCACCAGCGGGCCGGCCGCCUCGUCGGCCGGCUCCACGACGGCCUCGUCGCCGUCGUCACAGGCCGCCAGCCGGCCAAAGUUCAUGAUCACAGACAUUUUGCGCAACGACAGUGGGCCGGCAGUGAGUGUCAACUCGUCCGUUUACAACCCGUCCGUUGCUGCUGCUGCCCAGCAGCAAGCGCAGCAGCCGCCGCCCGGCUUGCCAUCGCACCACCACCCGUUUUACCAGUUCAAUUUGGCGGCGGCCGCGGCAGCCGCCGCCGCCUACGGCUUCAAUCCGGCCGGAAUGAUGCCCGGCAUGAUGCCGCCGCUCCACCAAUUCCUGGUCGGACACCACCAGUCCCAGCAGCAGCACCAUCCGCACCACCACCACCCGCAAAUGGGUCCGGUUGGGAUGAUGCCGUCCGGCCUGCUGAUGGGCGGCGGCCCUCCCAACUCGGCCGAAUCGUCACCGCGCGAUUUGUCGUUCAAACGAUCGGCGGCUGCCGCCAAUUUCGCCAGCGACCCCAACGAGGACGACGAGGACGAGUUUGUCGAUCCCGACGGCUCCGAUCACGAUCGCGACAGUCCCAUCGGCAAAGCCGAUCUGAUGCUCAGCGACGACGAGUCGGAUAUCUCUAAAAAUGACGACGAAGAUGGCGACAAGAGCAACAACGGAGGCGGUGGAGGAGGUAGCGGCCACCACCGCCACAAUCACAGCGGGAGCACGGCCAGCGAGAGCGGCGACGGCCCCGGCAACAAGUCCUCGUCGGGCAUGAGCAAGAAGGCCAGAAAAGCCCGGACGGCCUUCACCGACCACCAGCUGCAGACGCUGGAGAAGAGCUUCGAACGCCAAAAGUACCUCAGCGUUCAGGACCGGCUGGAACUGGCCGCCAAACUCGGACUGACCGACACCCAAGUCAAAACUUGGUACCAAAACCGCAGAACCAAGUGGAAGAGACAGACGGCGGUCGGUUUGGAAUUGCUGGCCGAGGCCGGAAACUACGCCAGUCUGCAGCGGAUGUACGGCGGCGCCAACGGUUACGGCUGGCCUUACGGUCCCAUGACCCAGGGACCGCCCCCGGGACCGCCCAACUCGGCGGCAGCAGCCGCCGCAGCUGCCGCUUCGAUGGACCUCUACUACCGUCAAGCGGCCGCCGCCGCCGCCCUCCAGAAGCCGCUACCUUACCGGCUCUAUCCGGGCCAGCAGCAGCAGCAGCAGCCGGGCGGCGGUGGGCCGGUUCAUUCGGGCCACCACGUCGGAGUGCCGGCCGGCUCGUCCGGCAGUCCCAUUUCCACCUCGUCGCCACUGCCCAGCCAUCACCCGUACCCGGCGGGAUUGAGUCCGCUGCUCAGCGCGGCCAAUUCGGCCUCGGCCGGACUCAGUUCCUUGGCCGCCGCCUCGGCGGCCAUCACGUCUCAGCUCUACCCGGGCAACAACAACAAUAACAACAACAACAACAACGGCAACCGGGCCGAUUCGUCCUCAUAAUUUUUGUUUCUUUAUCUUGUCCAUCAGGGACUCCGUUCCGUCCGUUUGGUUUGAUUUUUGUUUUUGUUGUUGCGCGUUUAAACUUUUGCCCAGCAUUAGCGAAUUUUGGCGUUUUUGUUUCUUUUCUUGUUUGAUUUGAUUUCGUUUUGUUUUGUGUGUAAAUGCGGGUGAUUCUUCUUCUUCUCCUUUUUCCUGCAUAUAUAAUUCACCCCCGUCGGCAGUGCGUGUGUUGCGUCAUCUCAUCCAUUUUUUGGCUAGCCCGCGAAAUUUGAAAAAUUCAAAAAACUUGUUUGUCUUUUCUGUGUGUGUGUGUGUGUAUCCCCCCGGCAUCUGAUCAUUCUAUUAGAAGACAAAUAUUUAAGAAUGCACGACCAUGAUCUCAAGUGUGUGCCUGCAGUCGAUUCCCCCCUCCCACUCUCCUUCCUCUGUUAAAUUUAAUCUUGCAUUCGUUUUUGAAAUGUCAAAGCCACGCAAUUGUUUAAAUUUUUCCUCCUUUCAUCGUCGCGAAACGAGAAAUAUUUUAUUUCGGGAUAGUUGGCGGCGGACGGCAUUUCAAACUUUAUAUUAUUAUAAGACACACACACACACACACGCAAUAACGACGUGAGAGACGAUCAUUAACGAAAAGAUUCAAAACAUUCCCCCCUCCUCCUCCGCUAUUUACUACGUGAUUGUGAUAUAAAAUAUACACAUGAAAAGCAAAAAAAAAAAAUAAUUAAUUCAAUAAUUCAAUUUUCUUUUUUUUUUCUAAAAAAAAAAAGAAUAAGAAAAUCACAAUUCGCUUGCCGACAUGUUGGCGCUGUGUGUCAUCAAACCUUGUGUUCAUUCGACAACAAAAAAUAAAAUCAAUCCAUCUGAGAACUUUAAAGAAAUAAAACAAAAUUUGAAUAACUGGAAGUAAUUAACUAUUAUGCUGGCGUCCAACAGCAAUUGGCGGUCGUAUAGCGUCAUUUUCAAUAUUUUCUUUCUGUUCAUAACUAUUUGCCAUUUCUUUUAUGUGCUGUACAGUAAAAUUCCGUUUGACUAAUAACUCACAUGCCCGCCAUUAUUUUUUGGAAUAUUGUUUCUUGAAUUAUUAUUUCGAUUUUUACCCCCCUGUUCAUUUUUUGAGUGUGUCCGUGUUUUUUAAAUGUUGCGCAGUGUCUCUCUCUCUCACUACUCUUUUCUCUCUCUCUCCUCAUUCUCUUGUGGAAACAAAAAUUCAAUUUGUUCUUUGAUUGUUUGGAUAAUUCCUAUCGCAAUUGUAAUCUGUAUAGCCGUGCAGUUCAGCUUUUUGACAAGACAACAAAAUUCACCCCCCUCCCUCUACCCCACAGUGGAAAUAAUGUACAUAAGAUAAGCCAUUUUGACUCAGAAUUAACGACGAACAAAAAGAAUGAACAAUCCGGAAAGGAGAAGUAAGAGAGAAAAUACAGACCAUUGAAAAAGAAA